AUCGUCUUCCUCUUGGCUGGCUGGCUUCUCCUUUCCGCAAGCAAUCGCGGCGGCCGAUUGAUUGGAGGAGCUUGAGGCAAGGAGAAGGAAGAGGACGAUUUGAUUCGACAUGAAACCCUUCAAGCAGGAAUUCACCUUUGAGGAGAGGGCUGCGGAAUCCGCGGCCAUGAUCGCCAACUACCCCGCCAGGAUCCCCGUCAUUGUUCAAAGGUUUUCAAGGAGUAAUUUACCAGAAAUGGAGAAGAGGAAGUACCUGGUUCCAUGUGAGAUGCCGGUUGGGCAGUUCAUUUUCAUACUACGUUCCAGGUUACACCUAUCUCCUGGAACAGCGCUAUUCGUGUUUGUCAACAACACUUUGCCCCAAACAGCUAGCCUCAUGGGAAGUGUAUAUGAAUCUUACAAGGAUGAGGAUGGCUUCCUUUACAUGUGCUACAGCAGCGAAAAGACAUUUGGCUGAUUCACGGUCGGCUGUAGAAAUUUGCUUCCAAGUAGCCCAGCAUGUGUAUGUAUGUAGUUAGAUGUAAAAUGUAACACAAAGUUCCAGAAUUAGUGUAAAUAAAAUAGCUCCUUCGUUCCUUCUCUGGCAAAAUGAAACAAUCCGGUGCAUAUGCAGUGGGAAUGUGCUAGGUUAAUGACCAAAGUUACUUUCUUGGA